AUGAUUUCUGAAGGUUAUGUAGAAAAGGUACCAGAGGACAACCUAGAACGGACGGAUGGCAGGAAAUGGUUUUUGCCGCACCAUGGUGUUCUGCAUCCGCAAAAGAAAACCCUUAGAGUGGUGUUUGACUGUGGAGCCAAGUACCAAGGAGUGUCGCUAAAUAGCAAGCUCUUACAAGGUCCAGACUUGACCAGCACGUUAAUUGGAGUUCUGACAAGAUUUCGUAAAGAACCUGUUGUCAUUGCUGCAGACAUUAAAGCCAUGUUUCAUCAGGUUAAAAUACCAGAGGAGGAUCGAGAUAUGUUGAGAUUCCUUUGGUGGCCCAACGGAGAUUACACUCAAGCCAUGGUUGAACAUAGGAUGACAGUACAUGUGUUUGGAGCAACAUCAUCUCCCAGUUGUGCAAAUUUUGCACUAAGGAAAUGUGCUGAAGAUCAUAAACAACAGUUUAGCCUUCAAGCCGUGGAUGCAAUGUUGAACAACUUUUACGUCGACGAUUGUCUCGUCUCAGCAGCCACAGAAGAGGAUGCGAUAGAUCUCUAUCAUGAACUCUGUGCCAUAUGCUUGAAAGGAGGCUUUCCAUUGAACAAAUGGAUAAGUAACAGUCGUAAUGUGUUGGCGGUAAUACCUGAAAGUAACAGAGCAAACAAAAUAAAAGAUCUAGACUUGAUCAGUGAUGUGCUUCCAGUAGAAAGAGUUUUGGGCGUUCAAUGGUGUGUUGAGUCUGACGUUUUCAAGUUCAGAAUCACUCUAAGAGAUCGACCUUUGACAAGACGUGGCAUCCUUUCUGUAGUCAGCUCUGUUUAUGACCCCCUAGGAAUGUUGGCACCAGUAAUCUUAAAUGCUAAAAAGAUUCUGCAAAAUCUGUGCCGUAAAAAGAUUGGAUGGGAUGAUUCAUUACCUGAUCCAGUUAUACAGGAAUGGACUAUUUGGAUGCAAGAGCUCUACAAGCUGGAGGAGUUUAAGGUUGAUCGUUGUUUUAAAACCAACAGUUUUGGAACUGUAAAAACUGCUCAGUUACAUCAUUUUGCAGAUGCAUCCGAGGAUAGCUAUGGAACAGUAACUUAUUUGUUACUAAAGAACGAACGAGACCAGGCACACUGUGCAUUCAUUAUGGGAAAGGCACGUGUUGCUCCUUUAAAACCAGUUACAAUCCCACGAAUGGAGUUAACUGCUGCCACCUUAGCAAGCAGAAUGGAUGUAAUGUGGAAGAAGGAGCUGCAGAUGAAACUGAAGGAUUCAAUAUUUUGGACUGACAGCACCUCUGUACUAAAAUACAUCAACAAUGAAACAACAAGGUUCCGCACUUUCGUUGCCAACAGAGUUUCAGAGAUUGUCAAAGUUUCAAAUGCUCAACAAUGGAGAUAUGUGGACACGGAUAACAAUCCAGCAGAUUUGGCUUCUCGAGGUUUAACGGUACAAUCCUUUUUGAAAAAUAAACAAACUUGGCUCUCUGGACCUCCAUUUCUUCUACUACCACAAGAGGAGUGGCCUCAGAAUCCUGAUGAAGUGAACCAAAUCUCAUCAAACGAUGCAGAAAUUAAGACAACAGUGAAUGCCGUUCAGACGUCACAAGAAAUGGAUCCGGUUUCUCACUUCAUUCAAUAUUUUUCAUCCUGGACUCAGUUGAAGCGUGCAGUGGCAUGGAUUCUGAGAGUUAAAAAACUGCUGCUGCAUUACAGUAGAAGAAAACUACAAAUUAAACAUGAUGCUAAACAAUAUCUUGAACUUCAAACGAAGAGACACUGUCUGGACACCAGCAGUCUCAAAGUUGAGGAGCUGCUUAGCGCUGAAAUGGCUAUAAUCUCCUUUUGUCAAAGGAAGCGGUUUGCUGAUGAAAUCUCCUGUUUAACAAAAGGAUCGAAUGUUAAGAGAACCAGUCACAUUUAUAAACUUUGUCCCAUCCUGGAAGAAGGUGUGUUGAGAGUUGGUGGACGGCUCAGUAGAACUGCAAUGCCAGAAGAGAGAAAACAUCCUGUUAUUCUGGCCAAAGACUUCCACAUUUCUAACCUAAUCCUUCAACAUGUCCAUGAAGCGGAAGCAGAGAAUAUUUAACAUAUUGGACUGACUAGAUAAUCUUUAAGUGACCUAUUCCUUUUACUUACGGGUUUUUAACUUCACAGAUGGUGAACCACAAGUAGUAGUACUGAUGCAUGUUGCACUAAAGGGCGAUUGAAAUGUUUUAUGAACAAGCAAAUGAUGUAAAACUUGAUUAUUUUGUAAUUAUUAUUUAAAAGAUAAUAAUUAGGGGCCGGUAUUGUAAGAGCCAAAGUCAAUGUUUAUGUUGUGCUUAUUUGUUAUGGUGGCACAGGUGUAUAGCUUUACCUGCCUCUCAGCUGAUGACAUGUGGGUGUGGUCACUGUCUAUUUACCUGAUGUUGGUGUUCGCAGCAGGUGUGUUGGGUGAGUGGUUUUGUGGGCAAACUUUUCUGUUGACCGUCAUUUUUUGGUACACCAGUUAUUCCAUGCGCUAGUUGUAAAUUGAUUGAAAGCGCAAAAGUUUGUUUUUGUUUUGUUCUUAAAAUAAAUACGCAAACUACAAGUACGACUCAUUAUGGAUUAUUGGAGGCGCGUCACAGGGACACAACCAACUCAGCUGGCCGCGGCUUUAUUUAUGGAUGAAAGUC